AUGGCUCACCCUGGUCUAGGCAAUGUCUCUCGCUUCAAGAUUAUCGACUCCACCCUCCGUGAGGGGGAGCAGUUUGAGAAUGCGUUCUUCGAUACAGAUCAAAAGAUCAAGAUCGCUAAAGCUCUGGACGACUUUGGUGUUGACUAUAUUGAACUUACGUCACCAGCGGCUAGCUCGAAGUCGCGUGCCGACUGCGAGGCAAUCUGCAAGCUAGGCUUAAACGCCAAAAUUCUAACCCACAUUCGUUGCCACAUGGAUGAUGCUAGGAUUGCUGUGGAGACUGGCGUAGACGGCGUCAAUGUCGUUAUUGGAACGUCUUCACACCUCAUGUCGCACUCCCACGGCAAGGACAUAUCCUAUAUCACGAAGAUCGCGCUUGAAGUCAUCGAGUUUGUCAAAUCCAAGCAUCUUGAGAUCAGGUUCUCGUCUGAAGAUAGCUUCCGUUCGGAUAUUAACGACCUGUUCCCUCUCUACCAAGCCGUCGACAGGAUAGGUGUCAACCGGAUUGGAGUUGCCGAUACGGUAGGCUGUGCCAAUCCCAGGCAAGUCUACGAGCUGGUUCGAGUCCUCCGGCAUGUCGUCUCAUGUGACAUCGAAACGCACUUCCAUAAUGACUCUGGGUGUGCUAUUGCCAAUGCCUUCUGUGCCCUAGAAGCGGGCGCAACCCAUAUUGACACAACCGUCUUAGGGAUUGGUGAACGUAAUGGUAUCACUCCCCUUGGGGGUCUAAUGGCCCGCAUGAUCGUGUCAGAUCGCGGGUAUGUCUCUAACAAGUACAACCUCAAGACACUCAAAGACAUUGAGGAGCUUGUCGCCAAUGCCGUCCAAAUCAAGAUCCCCUUUAACAACUACAUCACUGGCUUUUGCGCAUUUAGCCACAAGGCAGGCAUUCACACAAAGGCUGUUCUUAACAAUCCUUCUACCUACGAAAGCAUCAACCCAGCUGACUUUGGGAUGAAACGGCACAUAGCUUAUGCUUCUCGUUUGACCGGCUGGAAUGCCAUCAAGUCGAGGGCGGAGACGCUCAAACUUUUUAUGACGGACGAACGAUACAAGGAAUGCACAGCCAGUAUUAAAGCUUUUGCCGAUGUCCGCCGUGUUAGCGUUGAGGAAAUAGACAGCUUUAUCCAUGCGUUUUAUGACGCACAAAAGCUCGGUGCACCGCAGGACACUUUGGUCGGUAAAUCGCUGGACACUGUAGUCGUUACAUCGCUGGACACUGUGGUGAAGGGAUAG